AUGAGCGACCAAGAAAAAUCCACAGAAGCAGCGUUACGUGUGUGCUGGACGCUUAAUAAACACCAGAAACCAUUUUCGGAUUCUGAGAUAGUGAAGGAAUGUAUGUUGGCAGCAGUCACGGCACUUUUUGAAGAAAAAAAAGAGGUUGUCGCUGGAAUUCAAAAUAUUCCACUAUCAGCAAGAAGCAAUACGCGAAGAACUGAAAUUUUAGCUGCUGAUAUUAAAAUCACCCUUUUCGAACUUCUGCAAAAGGCACCUUGCUACGCUAUAGCACUUGAUGAGUCAUGUGACAUUGUUGAUGAUGAACAAAUGUCAAUUUUUGUCAUAUUUCUUGACAUUGAGUCUAAAACUUUUAGGGAAGAGUUGCUAACAAUAUUGCCACUAAAAGGUAACACUCAAGGAGAAGAUUUAUUUAAGGUAAUUGAUGAAUUUGUUACUAAAUCUAACAUCAGUUACGAUAAAAUUGUGUCGCUUUCAACUGACGGGGCCCCAGCAAUGAUUGGCAAAGAAAAAGAAAGAAAAAUCCAGGCCUAA